AUGAGGGACGUUCAGGUACUUUCUCCUACCGUUCAUCAAAUAGACGGUAAAAACGAUCAUGUGACCUACGACGUCCAAUCCCAACAGGAGGGUCAUACUUCGUUAAGAUAUUCAGACUUUCAGUGGCUUUACAAUCGGAUUCAGAUAGAAGUUCCUGGCGUCUUCGUUCCUGUCAUUCCCCAUAAGCGAACGGCGUUGAUGGGCGAAGGACAGUUCAGUGCCGAAUUUUUGGAAGAGCGUCGUCGCAAUUUAGAAAUCUUUCUCACAGGGGUCCUGAAAGUUCCGAAAAUUUUGACCAAGUGCCCAUCGCUUGAGGUAUUUCUGAAGGACACCGGAGAUUACUGUUAUUGGGAAGCUCACAAGAAGAAAGUGGAGGCUGAAAAUCCAGACAUUGCGAAUACCAUUUCCAUCCCAUCGGGAACUGUGGAAAUGAACGAUGCUACCAUUGCGGACGCCAAGAAAGGACUUGGGAAUCUUAUGGCCAAGGCCAAGACGGUCACUCAGACCAAAUUUGGUAAUGCAGAACUUCAGGAAUCCAAACGAGAGAAUGAGUACAGGUCGGUCAAGCUAUACUUUGAACGAAUGGAACAUGAGAUGAAAGAAGUCAAGGAUCAAGUCACGAAAUCCUUGAAGCCGCCGCCGGACAAUCCAAAUGCCGAAGUCAAAAUGGUAGCAGAAAAGCAGGCGCUGCUUCACUCACUCGAACACGCAGCUUCGAAUAUCAGCACUUGUAAGGGAGCCUUUAAGCGCCGAAAAAAGCUGCAGGUAGAAUACACUACGAAACACAAUCAACUGGAGCAGUACAAGAAGGAUCAGGCCAAACCACAGAAACAGUCGUUCGGGUUUUCAAAGAAGGUAAAGGAUCCAGCAAAGGUGGCAGCCAAACUUGCCGAAUUAGAAAAGUCAGCUGUUGCCCUGCACGGACAGUUCGAAAAUGCAACAAAGCGCAUCUUGUUUGAGGCUUGCCGUACGAAAAACGGGAUUGACGCUAGAAUGAAGGCUUGUCUACAGGAACAUGCAUCCAUCCAAAAGAAAAGCGGCGACCCGGUGUCGGAAGUCAAAUCAUUGCCACAAUUUCCUGAUCUGGGUGCCGAAUACAAUGUCAUUCCAGCUCCUCCCAGCAACGCAGCUACUCCAUCCCCAGGCGAUAGGGGAAACAGAUCUCCGAAACGGGCAGGGCGUGACAAGUCACAAGAUCGUACUACCGGGCGUGGCAAGUCAAAAGAUCGUACUACUGGACGCAGCAAGUCGCCGACUCGUGCCACUCCCGUCGGCACAACAAAAAAGACUGCGACACCAGUCAAUGCAACAAAGAAGACAGCAUCAUCUCCUGUAUGUGGACGGGGCAAGUCGCCUAUUCGUGCCACCCCCGUCAAUGGAACAAGAAAGACAGCAUCAUCUCCUGUUCGUGCCACCAAAAAGACAAGCAAACCGAUUCGUGCCACAGCAACUUCUUCCAGUGCUCAGCCAACCCUUACUCUUCCCGAUGCUAAUACAAACAUUGGAGACUGGUUCAAGAGUAACGCACCAAUGAUGAAAGCGCACAUAAUGCAGACCACUCCCAUUGUUGGUACUGCUAGUGUUGGUUUUAAUGGUGGUAGUCCAUAUGGAAAUCCUGGCCAACAGCCAGAAGGACCACCACCGGACUUUUCUCAUUUUACCACGCCCUUCAAGGAUUUGUAUCCCAAUGCGGACCCAGCUCGCUGGAAGUUGGUCGAAAUGAGAUUCAAAGGAAAGGCUAAGUACCACGUCAAGGGACUCCAAAAGAAAUAUGAUGGACCCAUCCUUGAGGCCAUUGAACAUUUCAAGCCCCAGCCGCAACGAUUUGUGGCAAUCAUGUAUCAGAUUGACAUGUUGGAAGAAUGGGAUCCCAGAGAACACAAGUAUACUAUACUUCAUCGCAAGGACACUGUGGAUUGGAAACCUCUUGGACCCGAACCCGAUGGUAAUUUAAUGUGUCUAAUGCAUACUUAUGAAAGGUGCAGACCUUUGGCAAGCUUCCCUAUGGAAUUACGCGACAAGUGGACGGACAAAAUGACCUACAAAGGCCGCCCAGUUCAUGGCCGAUCGAUCCAACCAGUCAUGCCUGGACGUGGUAUGGGCUGUGUGGACUUGCCAAAUCUCAAAGUCAUGGCCAAAGUCAAUCCUGGCGACAUUCAGCAAGGAUCGGUGGGUGACUGUUGGUUGCUUUCAGGUAUUUCAGCAGUGGCGGAAUUUGAAGGUGCCAUUGAACGGCUCUUUCGUAAGAAUCGAAAUCUUCGUAAUAUGCCAACUGACGAACCAAAUGUUUAUACUGUGACCUUGUGGGACUUGCGAACAUGGUCUGAAGUGGAUAUUGUGAUUGAUGAACGGCUGUGCGCGAAUCCCGACGGAAAGAAGAUGCUUUUGGGUGCCAGACCAUCCAAGGAUGGCCAGUUGUGGGUCCCAUACCUUGAGAAAGCAAUUGCAGCCCUUUGCGGCGGUUAUGAUAAGAUUGAAGGAGGACAGUGUACUCAUGCUUGGCCCAUUCUGACGGGUGUCAAGGGGCAGUACACUAUUCAGACCAAGAAUGGUUCCGAGAAGUUCGGCUGUUUUGGAAGAUUCAACAGUCACCGAAACGCAUGGGCCGAUCAUGAAAAUUCCCCGCAAGACGGAGAGCAGACAAUUUGGCGUACAAAGUGGCCAUUGGGCGAUGACAGCGAUGCAGACAUUAGCACGAGUGAACUAUUCCACAAGAUGAGUACUUGGAGCGCUGCCAACUUUUUGAUGGGAGCUGGUACAAAGGGCGAAUCCGAUUCGAAUACCACCAAUGGACUGGUGGAUGAUCAUGCCUAUUCUAUUGUGAAGUGUCUGCGUCACGUGGCAGGAACUAAGGUGAAUAUGGUACAAGUUCGCAAUCCUUGGGGCAAGGGCGAAAUCGAAGAUGGUGAAUUCGGCGACAAUGCUCCCGGAUGGCAAAAAUAUCCAGCAAUUAAGGACUUGCUAAAGCCAAGGGUUUCGAACGAUGGGCUCUUUUGGCUGACGGAAAGAGAGUUCUUCAAAUUCUUUGAGCGUGUAUUUUUGUGUGCCGCAGAUAUGAAACAAUUCUGCCAGCAGUAG